CAUGGCAUGAGGCCCAAGCCCGUUGCCCUAGUCGGCAGAGCUCCACGCCCACUGUUCGCAAUACUAUAUGGGCAGGGAUCGUGCAUCGCAUUGCAUAGCAUAGCAUCGUGACUGAUACUUUCGACGAACAAGUGAACAAAGACUCCCUCACUCACUCACUCGCUUGAGACUCGGUGCCCCUGCAUCCCUAGACUCGCCAUCGCAGAUUUGCACCUAGCUUGACCGCGCUUGAUGCGGGACUUGAACUGCUGCUUCCAAAUUUCCUUAGGGUAUAGCUCCAUUUGCCAGGUGCCCCGGACUCGUCGUAGACAUUGUGGAGUUUGGUAGGGAAUCAAUUCGCUUGCGUGCGGAUGCAUAAGCGGCGUUUAGUUGUUGUGGUGUUUCCCCAUUCAUCCGCUUAGUUGGUGUUAUUUCAGGCGGCGAACCAUUUCAUCGGUUGGGCUUUGUUUUGUAGCGCGCGCUGUGACGGUCGUAAAAUUUUGUUACAUGUUAGGACGUUGAUUGUCUCUCUUGUGGCGCCUUUUGGGAGCAACUUUGAAGGAGGCCCGAGCGGUUGUGAAUGCGGUGAUGGUGUUCCAGUGGCUGAUGGCAGGUGGACAUACAGCCUUUCAUUUCUUUGGAGUGAUGUCUGCCAGCUUCUUCUGGACUUCCGAACACGUGGAGACCAAUUAACCCUAUCAUCUUCUGCAGAAUAUGCAAUGUCCGAUAAUGUAUGGUGUCACGUAAUGCGUGAUUAGAUGGAUCUCGUAAAUCCGUCGAAGUCCCGCGGCGGUCUAAAUAUCUUUCAGUAUGGGGUGGGGGAGCUGCGGAUUGGAGAGUUAGGGGACCAAGAUGAAGAGGUGGACAUUGAUGACGACGAUACUGAUACCGGUUCUCAUGCCGAGUUGAGCCACAAAAAUGACACAUCUUUGGCAGGUGUCAGUGUGGGGGAGAGUGAAGCUAAGUCGAUGGCUGUGGGUAUACCUACCGUUCGGGAUGGUCUUGAUGUGGUAUCGAGUUCUUCGUCACGUGAACGGAGAGAGCUUGAAACUGCCAGAUCAUCAGCGGUUCGCCGAUCCAUCGCUAUCGGUGCUUCUUUGCCUCAGCCGAUUGUAGGAGUAGAUAGCUCACCUAAAUCCCCAAAUGAGCUCAGUCCUAAGGCGUCUGAGAAGAGGACAUCUAAGCGGCCAAAUGCAAGAGAAUUUCGGAGGCAGUUGUCAGCUAAAAUUAGUACUGUUCGAAUACAGUCAAGCGUUGCCCCGUUAGACAGUGUUGGCAAGUCCGUGGAUAAGACAGAUGAACGGGGAAAAUUGAGUCGCGACAAAGAUGAGCAGACCAACUUGAAAAGAAAGGAGUUGGAAUCUAAGUCAUCAACUUUACCACAUGCUAAGCGUGUCAAGUUGCAUGACGAUCCUAGUGACUUAAGUGCAAUGCCUUCAAAGAAAAAUGAGGCUGAAGAGGCUCACUCUAGUUAUGUCUCUUCGACCUUGAGUAAAGAAGUUUCGCAAUCAAAGAGGAAAGCAAGGCUGACGAAUGAAAGAGAGGAUAAGGAGAAGGCCAUGAAGAGCAAUAGUAAGGGUACAGAGAAACGUUAUCGGAAGGUUAUUUCUGAGAUUGAAGCAGAAAAGGAAAUAUCUGAGCAAAAUGAUCCUCAAGGAAUAGAAAGCUUCAAACGUGAUGGGAAGGGAGAGGAAUCUCCAGGCGUAAAGCUUACUGAAGAUUCUUCCUCGAAUAAAGGUACUCGCGCUAAUAAUCUAGUGGAGGUGAGGCCCGCACCUAGUGAGGAAAAUACCUUGGAGAAUCAACUUCCGCCACCUGCAGAUGUAUCUUCAUUUGCAGGUGAGAAUGAACCUGUAUCCUUUCGAAGUGCAUUUCCCAUGCACGCUAAGAAGAAGGCGAACGCUCAAACAUCUGGCUGCAGCAAAUCACAUAAAAGGAGUGGGCGUGCGGCUCACAGUACAGAUGAAAACAUUCUUAAUGCAUGGGUCGCUUGUACAAAGUGCAGAAAAAGACGGAAGGAUAAUCCAGACGCAAAUUUACAAAAAUCAACUUGUUUUUGUGAUAGGAGUACUCAAGAUUCUAAGCAUGCGAAUUCCUUAGCACCUCAGCAGCAUGAUCAAUUUCAAAAAGUGGAGGAGGUGUCUGCUGAUGAUAAGAACACAUUACCAGAAAGAGAAGUUCCGACAGAGAAAGCAGAGUCGUUCAAUCAGACCAUCCAGAUCGCUCAACGAAAUAUGGUUUGGGUCAAGUUACAGGUAGAUGGCAAGAAUUGCCGGUGGCCGGGUUUGAUAGUGUCAGAAGUUCCUCCAGCUAUUCAGAAGAAACUUGGCGAAUCUGUUGAUACAGUAGUGAAAACUGUGCGACUUUUUCACCCUCGAAAAGAUUUGGAUGAAUACCAGGUUGUGAGACGAAGCUCGAUGCAGCCUUUUCAUAUCAUUCCAAACUACAAGGACGGCAAUUCUGAUCCCGACUUUCAAGCCGCAGUUGCUGAGGCUGACGCAUAUUUUACUCAACCAUCCAUUUUGAAGGAUGAAUUUUCUCAACAUGAUAUUGUCGACGAUGAUGGGUCCAAGCUUGAUGUUAGUGAUGCGGAUGUUGGGUGUCUUGGAAAGGAUGUACCUCAUAAUCAGAUAGAAUCCAACGAACCUAAUUUACAGGUCGUUGAGAUGUCUCGAGACAAUCCUCAUUGUUGCCAGCUGAAUAGUGAUAAGAUGUCACUCGAAACACUUGAGUAUGGAGGAUUCAUCGAAGUUCCAACUGAACAAGAAAGAAAUGAUCAUUAUCCUGAAGCCGGAAACAUGUAUUGUAUUAGUGAUCCUCAAUGCAGUCAUUUUGAUGACGAGAAGGGUAGAGCAGUACUCGAAGAUCAGGAAGUUAUCCAACUUCCGAGUGCACGUAUAGAUUCCCCUGAUGUUGUACAUGGAAUCGUCCCAAGAAAUAACAGUGGUUCUCCACAAUUUAGUCAAAUCGAAGGUGAUGAAGAAAGGAUAAAGCUCCAUGACGUGGAAGUUAUCGAAGCUCCAAUUAAUCAGGAGAUCGAUGGAGCUUUUUCCGAGGCUGUUAAUGAGUCUGGUUCAAGUUCUAAAAGAGAUGAUCCUCAAUGCAGUCCGCCCCAAGCUGAUGCGGAGAAUCCAACUCUUGAAAUUAAGGAAGUUGAGCUGGGAAAAGGUGAAGGUAGAAAUUUGUUAAAACAAACUGAUAAAAAAAAUGAAAGUUCAAGUAAUACUGAAACUGAGGUGGGAAGAACUGGAAUACUUCUUACUGAUGCAAGAACACCGGAUGAUGUGGAGAUGAGUGAGAGAGCUAAAACUUCUGAGGCUUCUGGUUUGGAGGAGGCGUAUGGGUACCUUGUGUUAGAAUUGGAAAUAUCCUCUACAAGGAGGUUGUCUGCAUAUGAUGACAGCACCCAGGUACUCUAUUUUCAAGAUGGUUCUGCAGUCAAUAUUGACGCCGAAUCGCUUGGAAAGGCCUUUAACAAGAAAUCUGUAGGACUGACGCUUCAUGAAUGCAUUCAUGAAGUUGGCAGAAUGGCUAUCAGAAGAAGAUUUCCCAAAGGUGCCAGAUCUUCAAAUGGUCUCAAAUACGAUGCUUUAGACCGGAAUGACGACUUUGCAAAGCGGCUCCGAGAUACAUGGGUGCGAGAGUACCAGGACGAACCCAUGCCUACAUAUUUGAAGACUCGAUUUGUGGCUGGGUGUGUACUGGAGGAAAGAGGUGAACCUGUGAACUGGGCGUCUGAGCUCACUCGCACUAUUAGGUCGGAAUUGAAAGAAAUUAAUAUGAAGACUCGCAAAAGUUUGAGUCCCAGCGUUCUCAGGACAAUUUUUCACUUGCUUGAAAAUCAAGUUGAUCAGGCACCUGUAGCAGCUGCAUCUGUGCCGAUUUUCAAAGCCGCGAAAGAAGAGAAGCAAGCGUACCUCACUGCUUACGAUGGCUGCUGUCAAAAAUGCAAGUGUGGAGGCGAGCUCUUCUGUUGUGAUAACAGAGAUUGCAGAAAGACUUAUCAUUUAAAGUGCUUGAAACCCUCUCUUGAGGAAGUGCCGUCCACUUCCUUCAUCUGUCCUAGUUGCUCAGAAGAAGUUUCCGGGCCUUGUGAUAAUUCAAUCAUCACUCGUUCUGUAGUGGAGGACGAUAUCUUACUGCAUGUAGAUGAUGUAUCUAGGCAGAGACCUCUAGGCGUGGGUGAAUCAACCACCUCUGACAAGAUUUGCGCGUCAUCCGGUGUCAACUCGAGGAUGAACUUGGAGGAGAAUAUGCCAGUCAAAGGGCAGACAGGCAAGAAACACACAAGUGACGAAGAAGUUGCCAUGGUUCCUGCUGUCUACACAAAGGAUCAACAGUCAAUUGAUAAUGAAAUAAAACGACAACAAUUAAGAAGCGACGAAGAGCAAGGUGUCGUCUCAGGAUCAUCUUCUCCAGUGAUUCUUCAAGAAUCGAUUCCUUCUCAACCAAGCAAUCUGGCUAGUCACAGCACUUUACCUAUCAUUUCUACCCAAGUCGAUCAAGCAUUGCCCUCUGAUAGGGACCAACGGCAUGAAACCAAUGAUAGCAGUCUGUUGCUAAGUACAGAGGUGUUGGAACCAACACAUAGAUUAUUAGAACGUGACAAUGCCUCCGACCAAAAUGCUGGAUCAGAAGUAAACCGUGACUCCAGGGGCAACAUCUCACAAUCUGUUGCACCAAAUAUUCCUGUGAAUUCUGGUAUGGGUAUUAUAGCUCCUAUGGAAAAGUCAGGUGCUGCUGAAGGUAGUCGGCAGAAGGUAGCUAUUCGAGAUUACCACGAAAGAUUAAUGAAACACCUUUCAACUAUUUGCUCAAUUCUUGAGCUUCCCGGAUCAGUUAGUGAACGUGUAGAUGCGUUGUUUAAGCACGUAUUACAGUCCCAGAAGAACCUGCGCAAACCUCGUCCGCCACAUGAGUUUAUUGCGAUUGAACUCGCAGUGGUUUGGUUGGCUGCCGAUCAACUGAAUUAUGCAAUUGAUAAGUCGAGAUCUAUCACCAAGGUAGAGGAGGAAUUCUGCGUAAGUUACGAAAAUCGUCCGCAAUUGGAAGGUCCUGUGUACAACAAGGUGCGGGAUAUUUGCGCAAGUUUCAAGCAGCAGCCAGCUCCCGCAGUGUUCACAUCUGUUACAUCAGAACCUGGUUUGGAACUUGAAAUAAUUCCUGCUAGAACCGCUGUAAAUCACCCUUUCGAAACAGAGACUCCACCUCCUAGUGAUGUAUUCGUCCAGUCUACUGAAGGAGCGGAACCCACUACAACCGUGCCAGACCGCCCACUUUCAGUCGCUCAAGAGGAAGCUCAAUGUGUUGAAACGGAUGUACCAUUAUCAGAUGUCCUCUCUUCAGCAUCGCCAUUAGUCCCUGUAACUCCGCCUGCAGAUAAUUCUCCAGCCGUAGAAGAAUCUCAAGUGGCUCACCAAGGAAGCGAUUCUCAUGCAGCUCAUGUGGUAGGUGAAUUUCGUGUAGAUGAAGCGAACGAGGAAGUUGUCCUUGUUGAGGCGGACCCUCGCUUUGUCUCUGAAGAACUUUCAGAUGCACUUAUUGACCACAAUAGGUUAACUGUCUCUGAACCUGUUGGCACGGGGUUGUUAAGCGCUCCCAUGGUGGAGCAAGGCUUAAGCUGGGUCCAUGUUGACCCUCCUUCUAAUGCGACUGUUACAGACGAACAAGACGCAAUGCUGGAUGAUGUCACACCAGCAGGAGUUUCAUCCUCUACUAUAGAAGUCUUUGAAGCAGUAGGUUCUGGAUGUUUGGGUAAUUCACAAUCUCACACAGAUUCACUGCAAAAUGGACACGCGGAUGUGAUUUCUAAAACACUGGGCGCCCAUGCUGUGGGAGUAACUGCAAGUCCACUGUCGCAAUCGCAUGUGCAAUUACCCUCCUCACUCUCGACUCAACCUCAGGUCGUUUCAACAGAGCAUGUGCAUCGAACUAGACUAAAUGCACAAGCUACAGCUGAUACUCGUGCUCGUCUUAGGAAACAAUCUUCGGCCGAUGUCGUGUUUGUUACCCGUGCCCAGACAGUAGAGAUGGGGCUAAUUAUGUCAAGGCUCAAAGGUCUCGAAAAAAGAAUUGAUGACGAGAGGAGAAGGCUCAGCGGUGGUACAAUUGCAAACACUGCACAGUUGAUUGCUGCAAACAACGAGUUGCAUAAAGUGGAUAGGAGGUCGUGGACGCGAGGUGAACAGGAGUUGAAGAGCCUGGAAGCUCGGCAACGUGCUGACCGUGACAAACUCAAAGAUUUAUACAAGCAACUUGAAGAUCUGACAGUAAAUGGUGUGUGUUCAGACGAGAUCGAGUUGGAAAUUAAGAGGCUGAGGGACUUUUACUCACAAUUCCCCUCGUCUCCCGUUCAGCUGAGAUCUUCUUUGGACCGACCUCCAGCUGAGAGAUCUGUACCGUAUAUCUUAUCAGGCACACCUGUGACUGAAGGCUUAUCAACGAGGCUGGUGCAGGUGGAUGGUCGCUCGGAUGCUGGUGAAUUGUUAAUUUCAGGUAAUCCAGCUGAUAAUCAACGGAGACAUGUUGCCCUCUUUUCAUCAUCAGCUACUACAAUACCUACGUCUAUUCCACAAAAUCGAGGUCGUUUAAUGCAGGCCGUGACAGGCGAGGCAGCAUCGAGUAGCCCGCGGCCUGCACCAGCGACGAUUUCAACAGCUGCUGUGCACCCCAGUAGUGUGCAACUUCGUGGGCACCCGCAAAGAAGUAAUACACCUGUACAUUUUGGUCCAACGCCUAACCUGCAAAGAAGAGCAACUCUAGUAAGCAGAAGUUUAACUACUCCAGCGACUGUUCCUAUUGUACCUCUUGGAAUUGGAACUAUGGCAAGACCCUCUACACCAGCUUCAGCAGCGCCUAUGACUGGGAAUGCGACUGGCCAGGUGUAUCAGGAUGUGCUGACAAAGGAGAAAGAGAAGCUGAAUAAAGAGUUGGAGAAGACUAAGAAUGCAUAUGAAUUAGAGUCACAACGGAUAAAAGCAGAGUACGACAAAGAAGCAGAAUUAUUACAUAAAAAGUACGAAACUCUACUUGUUGAGCAACAUCGUGCUUUCACCAAGAGGCAGCAACAAGUACAGCAGAACAUUAUUAAAGUGGAAUGGAAUCGACAGUUGGCAGAGACUCUCAAGCUUCGCGAAGAACUUUCCGCUCGUGCAGCGGUUUUUGCAGGGCUCUCUUUACAGACAUUUGUGCAACCAAUCGCAAAUCAGCAAUCUCCUUCACAAGUGUCUGGAAGGCAACCAUCUGGUGGAGCUGUUGUGCCUCCUGUGCGUGUUAAUAUUUCUCGAGGCACCACUAACACUGGUAACUCGGGCAUUUUGUCUGGUAUUUCUAGUAUGCCCAUGCAAUUUCCGGGAACUUCCAGUACUCGUAUGUCUAGUGUUCCUUUACAUCAGACUCCAAGACAUGGGUUACCACCAACCGCUCAAAAUGAGCAGCCACAAUCAACAAUAGCUGAAGCUAUGACAGUAUUAGCAGCAGCCAGUGCGAAUAUAGGAAAUAAUGUUGCUGUGGUGUCCCGAGACCAUCAGGAAAAUAUCUCGUUGCCCUCUCCAAAUAUAAAUACGAAUGCUGAUGAGUUGCCUCCACCACCAACAUCAGGAUCACCACUUCAAGUAGUGGCACCUACUGUGUCUCCUGCUUUUCAAGAUCCAAUAUUGUCCAUUAUUCGUAAUAGUGCAGCGCCUGUAAAUCUUGUCGCUGCAGAAAAUUCUUCAAGUGCUCUGGGAAAUUUCACCACCCCGGUCACUUCCACUACUAGGACUGAAUCUUAUACACCUAUGAAUCCUUCAGUGAUUGGAUUGCAACAUCAGGUACCAAGUUCACAAGCAGCUCCCGACCUGCCUCAAGCCCAUCGCGGAGCAGCUACAGAAGAUAGUUUUGGACCAGUCUCGAAUCAAACGACUGGUCACAUCCAUCAUGGAACACAAGAACGGGUGGCAGCCUCUGUUGCAGUCACUGAAACUCCUCACAGCUUAAUCUACUUGUCAGAUUCUGAUGAUGAGUAAAUCAGAUGUGUUUAUACCAGUUAAGCGGAAGAUCCACACGUUUCUGUAUGCGAGGAUUACACAAUCUAGACAUUGAUUGCCAUACCAAAGACAUCAGGCAAGGGUUCAAAGCUACGACCAGUUUCAAAUUCAAAUUUCUGAAGGUGUUGCGCUUCACCCACGCAGCACCUGGCGAUACAAGUUCAUAUUUGGAACUGCCCAACUAGAAUGGUUGUGAGAGCUAUCAAUUCCGUUAGUUCUCACUCAACAAAGAAUAACCAAUCAAGCUGUGCAGGUUUCACUAUGUUCCAAAGACAAUUCAGCCAAACCAUCACACAACCUGGCUCGUUACUUAUCCUCUGCACACCUAAAAGUAGCGAACAUCUUCUUUGUUUGCCGAUACAUGAAACCUUAUAUGGGUUCCCUUGGAGCUCUACUCCAGUGACGUCUUGUAGAUUAAUCAUUCACUGUACGUGACUUCAUGCCAACGUAUUUGUACCAAAGCUGCAAUAUUGUAGGCGAAUUUGUAAUUCCAUCAAAGCUUCUCAUUUCUUUCUUGCGAA